UGAAAGUUGCAUGCGACGAUGAUGCUCUUUGGCGGCCGCCUCUCGGGCGUCAAGCCACCCCGGGAGCCAACGCCCGAGGUGCCAUCGCCAGUUGCUAUCGCACCGGCGCUGCCGACGCCCCAUACGGACCUCAUUGCGCGGCUCACCGACCAUGAAUUACGCCUCUUAGAUGAGCUCGACCGCACGCGCCUCAAGCUCGAAACCGAGAUGAAGCUCAAAGACAAAGACAGGCGGCGGAAGCCGUCGACCAACCAGCAUGAGCUGCCCGUGAAAGACCGACUGGACAUGCUUCCGAUCUUGACCAACACGGGCGACACGCCGUUCGAGGUCGGGCUUCACAAGGGCGCGCACGUUCUACCAGUGUUCCGACUGCCACCCGUGCAUCGCGCAGUAACACCAAGCGCACCGCCGUCCGUCCUUGCAGCCAGUGACGUUGCUGAUGACAGCGAGACGCCGUCGCACGUACUCGCAGACGACGAGCGCGCGGCAGCGAUGGAGGCGCUUGGGUUGACGCCCGAAGAGUUUGAUGCGCUCGAGCAAACUGCGUCCUUGUCCUCGUCCUCACCGAGUCCGAUCGUGUCCAAGGCUAUGACAGUGGCGCGACGCCAGCGAGCCAAGUUGCCGCUGCUGCACAAGCACAAGCGCCGUGGCCGUGAGACGCGCGAGACGCUGCAGAGUGAGCUCACAGCCGCCUUGCGACGGGUGCAGUCGUUCACAACGCUCGUCAAGCAGGACCUCGUGCACGCUCAGCAAAUCUGCCCCGUCCAGAGCAUCCGCGGCGAGCUCUUUGUGAAAAAGUGGGGGCUCGCCAAGAUCAACGCCAUCUGCACACAGCUGCUCCACGCCAAGAUGCAAGCUGCGUUCGUCCGGUGGGUGACGGUCUCGGCGUUCCUCAAGCAGCAGCAAGCCCGUACGGUGCUCCUUCAGUUCAAAGGCUCCCGCCGCCUCGACCUCUUCUUCACCAAUUGGACGCGGCGUCGCGUCGCCAACGCGUGGGCAACGUGGAUCGCCGUGCUACACGCCGAAGACGCGCAGCUCCAAGCCGAACAGGAAGCUGACGCCGUCCUCGUCCUGCAACGCGCGUGGCGCAACUACCACAGCCGGUUCCUCUACAACGCCUUCCGCGCCGAGCGCAAGCGCCGCAAGCGACACCACGCAGCGUGCAAGAUCCAGGCCUUUGCCCGCGGCGCCUACGCGCGCGCGAACUCCAAGCAGCUCGUGCGCACGAUGCGCGAGAACAUGGCCGCGACGGCGCUGCAGGCCCGGGCGCGGGGCUUUCUACUGCGCAAAUCACUCCAUGCGGCGCAGGCGGCGCGGGCUCAAUUCCGCGCCGCGCGCCAGAUACAGGCGCUGGCGCGUGGCCGUCAAGCGCGGGCCCGCGCCCGCGCCAUCCAUGUGCACCGAACACGGGUCGCAGCCGCGCGUAUCCUCCAGCGACGGUACCGCGGGCGACUGCACAAGGUCAAGUACAUUCGCGCCAUGAUCGAGCGCGAGCAGCGGCGCCACGUCAUUCGUAUCCAGCGCAUCUACCGCGGGUUUGCAGCCCGGCUCUAUGUGCGCGAGAUGCGCGAGCGCCGGCGACUGCACCUGCAGCUCCAGCACGCAUCUGCGCUCAAGCUCCAAGCCGUGUACCGCGGGCAUCGCGGUCGGCUCGCGACGCAGUUUCAAUCGGAAGCGCGUGCAGCCGUGCGUAGCCGCCAAGCAAAAGCGGCCACGCGCAUCCAGGCGCUGUAUCGCCAGCGCCAGGCCGCGCGGGUCGUGGCAGCGCAGAAAGCCGCUCGCCUCGAGAAAUUUGUGGCGCAGGCGCGCGAGUGGACGCAGUUUUGGUCCGACGAUGCGGGCGCCUUCUUCUUCUACCACAACAGCACGGGCGACGCGAUCUGGGAGCCACCCGAAGGCGGGUACACCAAGGCCGACGGCCGCGACCUCGUGCUCCAGGACGGCCGCGUCCUUUUAGAUCCCGCGAUCGCGGCGCAGGAAGCCGCGGCCCAAGAAGCCCAAGCGCUCCUCGAGCUCGAAUUGCAGCGCGCGGCCGAGGAGGCCGAGCUCGAUGAUGCGCUUUGCGUCGAGUGUGACAACGCCGACGCGUCACGUCGCUGCACGCAGUGCGAAGACGUGUUUUGCGACGCAUGUUAUGACCGGACGCACGGUGGUGGGAAGCGAGCGCUCCACACGUGGACGGCGAUGGGGCCCACGAAAUGCGUCGAGUGCGAGAAGCUCAAGGCGACGCGGUGGUGCGACGCGUGCGGCGACCCGUACUGCCUCGGCUGCUACAACAUCAUCCACGCCAAAGGCAAGAAGGCGGCCCACGCGUGGAUCGACAUGGGCACGUACAAGCGGCAGCAAGCCAACGAGAAGCAGAGCGCGCUCGUUCUCGCGAUGCUGCAGCAGCAAGCCGGCGGCAUGGUCGAGGACCCGCAGAUGUACAACGAGUACCUCCAGUCGGCCGAUUACGCCUAUGUUAACCAAGGCAUUGCCCACGGCGCGAGCAAUGACGACGACCCAUGGAUGACGGCUGUCGAUGAGACGACUGGCCAAACGUACUACUACAAUAGCAUCACGGGCGAGACGCAGUGGGCCACCUAGCGUCGCGAAGCCUUUGGUAGCUAAUACUCUUAUUCAGUCGGCCAAUCAGUCAGUCA